AUGAUAUCUACACAAUUGUUUUAUUUAUUUUUAUUUAUAAAAAUAUCUUUGAUCAUCGCCCAUGGUGUCGUUCCAGUUCCAAGUGAAACGGCGUUGAGCGCCAAACACAAAUUUGAUGAUUAUUCUGAAAGGUUCUUAUUACCCGAAGAUUUUAUUUUUGCAUCGCAAAAGCCAGUUCAAAAGCCAACCGAUGCUGAAAUCGAGUCAAUGCAGAAUUCAUUGUUAUUCGAAGGUGACAUUAUUGGAAUUCCAAGUGAUGAAAGUGAAAUCAUAAAUCGUCGAAUGAGGGAUUCUCCAUUGCUUCAAGACGAUGAAGAAGCCAUUUUCAGUCGUCCAUACCACAGUUCAUUGAAUUUGGUAACCUAUCCGGAUAAGCUAUGGACUGACGGAAUCGUUCCAUACAUGUUAGAAGAGGGAAUGACAACAGAUCAACGAGCUGCUAUUGCUCAAGCAUUCGAUGAGUAUAAGGAGAAGACGUGCAUCCGAUUUGUUCCAAGGACUGAAGAUGAUUUCGAUUAUAUUUACAUCAAGCGCAAUGUUGCUUUCGGUUGCUCUUCAUAUGUUGGACGGGCUGGUGGUAAUCAGACUGUAUCGUUAGAGAUUGACAAAUGCUUCUCGAAGGGAAUUAUUGCUCACGAGCUGAUGCAUGCUCUUGGCUUCUUCCAUGAACAUUCACGAACAGACAGAGACGAAUUCGUUGACAUCAAGGAAGAUAACAUUCGACCAGGAAUGAUGAGAAACUUUGAGAAAUAUCCAAAGAAGAUUAUUGAUCCAUUAGGAAUGCCUUAUGAUUAUGAGUCUGUGAUGCAUUACCAUAAAUUAGCUUUUUCCCGAAAUGGAAAACCAACGAUCGUUCCAAAAGAUGACGGUGCUGAAGUUGGACAACGUUAUCGUUUAAGUGAAACGGAUUCUCGUAAAGUUAACAAACUUUAUCAAUGUGGGGAAUUUUCGAAAACAACAACCACAACAACAACAACAACUACCACUACUACACCUUCAACAACUACUUCAGAGAUUGAUGAAGAAACUACGACACGUAGACGAUUGACUACAAAAACAACAACAACACGUCGUCCAACAACUCCGAUCAGAAGAUUCAGAAAAUGUGAAGAUUUGAAUGCUCAUUGUGGAAUGUGGGAACAGCUUGGUCAUUGUCAACAUUCAAAGAAGUAUAUGGCACAUUACUGUCGCAAAUCCUGUAAUAUGUGUGACGAAGAUAGUGGAAGUAGCACGACAUCAACGAAGAAACCUGAAAAGGUAACAGUUCCACCUAAAAAGGAAAAAGGAAGAGAAAAGGUUGAUCGAAAAGAAAAAGGCGGCAAAAAAGAAGAAAAAGAAAGUAAAUGUGAGGACAAAAAUCUGUUCUGUGGAUAUUGGGCUAAGAUAGGAGAAUGUAAGAGUGAAAGUAAAUUCAUGAAGAUCUUCUGUAAAGCCUCAUGUAACCGUUGUUAA